UGACCUGGAGAAGUCGGUGGAGAAGUUCCAGAAGGAUCUGGCGCACAGCCACCGGCUGGUGCCGGCGCAGGAGCUGGAGGAGAAGGCCGUGGUGCUCAAGCAGCUGGGGGAGACCCUGACGGAGCUGAAGGCCCAGUUCCCCAGCCUGCAGAGCAAGAUGCGCGUGGUGCUGCGGGUGGAGGUUGAGGCCGUCAAGUUCCUCAAGGAGGAGCCCACGCGCCUGGACGGGCUCCUCAAGCGCUGCAAGAGCGUCACCGACACCCUGGCCCAGAUCCGCAGGCAAGUGGACGAGGGCGUGUGGAGCUCUCCGGGCGGCCUGAGCCAAUCCCCCAAAAAGGUGGCCCCGGAGACGGAUUUUGGCAAAGGGCUGGAGCUGGAGAUGCCCACGAGCCCCCCGGUCAGCCUGCACCACCUGGGGGGCACCCCCGAGCCCCUGGGGGGCUUCGGGCACAGCCCCCCGCAGCCCCAGGGCCACCCCGGCAAGAGCAAUAACCCCACCCGAGGGCCGGAGAUGGUCCCAGCCAAAACCCAGACCGGGCCCGAGACCCCCAGCAAGAAGAGCGUGGACAAAGCGGUGUCCGUGGAGGCUGCGGAGCGGGACUGGGAGGAGAAGCGGGCUGCUCUGACCCAGUACAGCGCCAAGGACAUCAACCGCCUGCUGGAGGAGACCCAGGCCGAGCUCAUGAAGGCCAUCCCGGACCUGGAAUUCGCCGCCAAGCACAAGCAGAGCCCCGGCGGCGGCAGCGCCGCCUCCACGCCCGAGCACAAACCCGCCAAGGCCCCGCACGGCCCCAAGGCCGGGGGCAAAGGGGACCCCGGCGGCCGCCGCGGCUCCGACGAGCUGGCCGUGCCGCGGUACCGCACAGAGAAACCCUCCAAGUCGCCUCCGCCGCCGCCGCCGCGCCGCAGCUUCCCCUCGUCGCACGGGCUGACCACGGCGCGCAGCGGGGAGGUCAUUGUCACCAGCAAGAAGGAGCCCGGCUUCAUCAAGAAGGCGGAGUCGGAGGAGCUGGAGACGCCGAAGCCGCAGGUGAAGCUGCGGCGGGCGGUGUCCGAGGUGGCCCGCCCGGCCUCCACGCCGCCCAUCAUCGCCUCGGCCGUCAAGGACGACGACGACGAGGACCGGAUCAUCGCCGAGCUGGAGGUGUUUCAGCCGAGCUCCGCCUCCCCCCUCCUCCCCUCGCCCCGCUGCGACCCCCUCGAGGCCACCCCGGUGUCCCCCCCGGGCCACCCCGGCCCGUGGCCCAGCGGAGCAGCCCCAGGACGGAAGGAGCCGCUGGCGCCGGCAGCCCCGGCGGGCCGGGCGUUCUCCCUGCCCCAGAUCGUGCUCACCGAGUGGGUGUCGGAGCCGCCGUCCCCCGAGGCCGAGCCGGAGCCGUGGGGCAGCGCAGCAGCAGCAGCAGCGGGGCAGCAGCUGCCACCCGAGGGGACAAGGACAGCCCGUGUGGCAGCUCCUGGCAGCUCCCCAAAAUCCCCGCCGGGGGCACAGGAGCGCCCCCCGGCCCCUCGCACAUCCCGGGCGUUUCCUUUGGCGGCGCCGCCGUUCCCGAGGGAUCAAAGGCGGGGACGAGGAGGGGACGCGGCUCUGGACAAGGCUUGUCCCCGAUGUCCCCUGGCUGCGCAGCGUCCUCGGAGCCGCGGGGAAGGCGCCGGAGCUGCGGGGGCCGCGCUGCCCUCGGUGGGUGCCGGGAUCGGUGCCCAAAUUCCCCACGGGGAUCUCCGAAGAGGAGCCAGGAUCGCUCCUGGACGCUCUGCUGGAGCUGCCGAAGGCGCAGGGAGGGAGGAGAGCCCGGGCCGAGAGCCGCCGGUGCCGCAUCCCGGGAUUGCCGGGGGCAGGGAUCCAGCGGGACAUUCCUGGCAGGAGCAGAGCAGGGAUCCAAAGGGACAUUCCUGGCAGGAACAGAGCAGGGAUCCAAAGGGACAUUCCUGGCCGGAGCAGAGCAGAGAUCCAGCGGGACAUUCCUGGAAGGAGCAGGGCAGGGAUCCAGCGGGACAUUCCUGGCAGGAGCAGGGCAGGGAUCCAGCGGGACACUCCUGGCAGGAACGGGGCAGGGAUCCAGCGGGACAUUCCUGGCAGGAGCAGGGCAGGGAUCCAGCGGGACACUCCUGUCCAGACCAGAGCAGGGAUCCAGCGGGACAUUCCCGGCAGGAAUGGGGCAGGGAUCCAGUGGGACACUCCUGGCAGGAGCAGGGCAGGGAUCCAGCGGGACACUCCUGUCCAGAGCAGAGCAGGGAUCCAGCGGGACAAUCCCGGCCGGAGCAGCCCCUGGAGCAGAUCCCUGCCACGGCACCUCCGGGAUGGGAUGGAGCAGCUCCGGCUGCCGGGGGUGACCCCGGAGCGGCAGGGACGGCCCCGCAGGGGCUCUGCAGAGGCCGCUCGUCCCCCUCGGGCAAAAAGGAGAUUUACGAGGACACCUUCGAGCGGCUGGACAGCCUGGAGGAAACCAUCCGCGAGCUGGAAAUGACCAUCAGCGAGAUCAGCGGCCACCCCGCCGUGGAGCUGGCGCUCCCCAAGGACCAGCCGGGAUCCCGGGAGGCCGAGAAGAGCCCGGGGGACCUCGGGCACGGCAGUGAGGACGGUGACACCGCGCUGGACCUCAGCCAGGCCAAGGGUGGCACUGCCAAGUGUCUGUCUGCCAGCAGGACCAAGCCAGCGCUGCUGCCCAAGCCGCGGCUGCCCCCCGGCACUGCCCAGAGCGGCGGCGUCUCCAUCCCGGCCAUGAAGGUGGUGAACCCGCGGCUGAAGCAGGGCCAGCAGGGCAGCCCCGACAAGGGCAAACACAUCAAGCAGCGCAUGGAGUUCAUGAGGAUCCAGGGCCAGCAGCAGUGACACGUGGGACCCGCUCUUGUCACCGUGCUCUUUGUGGUGGCCUUUUCCAGCUGCUUGACCUCAGGCCUUUGGCUCAGUGCUGCUUCUGAACGGACUCUUUGUGGUUCUCGGUCGUUUUGGGAUUUGUUUUUUUUUUGGUUUGUUUUCCUGUCCUUGUUUUUCUUGUUUUUUUAUUAUUUUUUUCCUUUGUUUCGUCUUUUUUUUAAAGCUUUUUUCUUAAUUUUCCUUUGUUUCGUCUUUUUUUUAA